AUGGCUAGACAUCUCCAGGAGCGUCGUGGCUCGGCCGACACAGCGGUAAACGUCGAGGCCGUGAGGUUUCACGACGGUCACGACGACUCUUCUGCGUACACCUUUUAUCACUGGUCGCGAAUCGACGAAUUUGUCUACUUCAGCCAUCAGUUUGUGACCGUUCCACCCUGCGGCUGGGUGGAUGCAGCCCAUACGCAUGGUGUGCCCAUCUACGGGACCAUCAUCACCGAGUCGGCGGCCGGCGAGGAGACGUGUCAGCAGCUACUGCGCUCGCAGGAAGUGGUGGAGGUGGUUGUGGAGCGGCUCGUGGCCGUCAGCCGCCACCACGGUCUGGACGGGUGGCUGCUCAACAUCGAGAACGCUAUCGAUCCUGCACAGCUGCCCUUGCUACGGCACUUGGUAGCCCAACUCACGAGCCGCAUGCACCAGGAGAUUGAGCACUCGCGUGUCAUCUGGUAUGACUCAGUGACCCGUGACGGCGAGCUCCGCUGGCAGGACCAGCUCAACGAACAGAACGAGUGCUACUUCGAUCUGUGUGAUGGCAUAUUCCUCAACUACGGCUGGACGCCGGAGCGGCUGGCGGCGUCGGGCGAGCGGGCCGGCCGGCGCCGCGCCGACCUGUACGCCGGCGUCGACAUGUUCGGCCGUGGCUCGCUGGGUGGCGGCGGAUUCAACGUAAUCCAGCCGGUGGCCGAGUCGCGCUGGCUGGGUCUCUCGACGGCGCUGUUCGCCCCCGGAUGGACACACGAGCGGCUCGGCGCCGACCGGUUCGCGCUGGCCGAGGACGUGCUGUGGUCGCGGCUCUCGACACUACUCGGCGCCCGUGGACCCGCCCGUCUGCCGCUCGUCACCGACUUCUGUCAAGGCCGCGGACUGAAGCUCUGCGCCGACGGCCAGGUGACACGCGCCAAGCCGUGGCAUCGGCUUUCGGCCCAGAGUCCGCAGCCGACCUUCCUGCAGACGCGGCGGCCGGCCGAGCUGGCGCUGACCGACGCCGACGGCCGGCCGGUGCAGGCCGGCUUUGCCCUGCGCGCACCAGCCCUCGGCGCCUCGGCAAAACGGUGUCACCGGAAGGGAUGA